UUCAGCCUAUCAAUAGACCAGAGUUCCUUUCGGUCUGGCGCAAUGCACUCAUCUUGCUGCCAGCGUCAUGGAAGUCAGCUCAGAGCCCCUUGCGAAGCUGGAAGAUGAGGUCCCGGAGUGGCUGGCGCAUCGUGUCCGGGUGCUGUGCAAGCCCAGCUGUCCGUCUCCCACGCGCCUGGAGCUGAUCUUCGGGAACUUCGAUUUGUCGCCGACCCACUGGGACCUGCUCCUGACCUGGCUGGCGGCGCCCAACAGCCUGGCGCAGCAGGCGGCGGCCGGAGCCAGAGGUCCGCUCCCGGUGUGGGCGGACUUUCGGAAUGCCAAAGUGGGGGACUCUGAGCUGGAGGCACUGGUGCGGUGCCUGACAAAGAGCCCAGGCCCAGGCACAUUGGGGCUGGAGAGGUUGUGGCUGGCAGACAAUGAGAUCACCAACAAGUCAGUCGCAGCCUUGCGCAACUUGCAUCUUGGCAAUCUCCGUGACUUGGACCUGGCAGGAAAUAUUCUAGAUGAUGCCAGCAGCUUCUCUCUGAUAUCAUCCCUGGCAGAGGCCAACUCGGUGUGCACGGUGUUUUUGGCUGGCAACCUGAUCCGCAAUCCGCCGGCGCUGGUCGAACGCUUGCACAAAGCCGGCAUUAAGGUUCACUUGGAUGAGGUCCCUGGUGACUCGCCUCGCAUGUCCCUGCCGCAGUUCUGCUUCCAGCGAGCGGUCAAGUCUGACCUGCCACGCCCGGCAAAGCGGAAGGGAAGGACAACACCGGUGAAAAUGGAGAGCGAGUCGCCGGAUGCGGACUCAGAGGUGAGCGCGGCGAUCCGGUCGAUGAAAGCGAUGCUGGUGGAAGCAUUUGCGCAGUCUUCCGUUGCAGCGGUGCCGCGAGAGGAAGACACUCCAUUAUUACCAUCUCAGCCCACUUUGUCAAUGCCGUCGCAAUUGGUUGGCUUCACUUCAGGUCCAGGGAUUGUCUCCACUCCGGGUUUCGUCAACUCAGUUCCAGGGAAUGGCUCUACUCCGGGCUUCGUGAAUGGCACCUCUCCGUUCCUGCCUGGACAUGUGAACAUCGGCGCUUUGUCCAACGGCACCGCUUCCUUCCUGCCCAGCCAGGCCCAUUUGGGCUAUGUUCACGGCCCCGGCUCCAACGGCACAACGUUGUGGGGCCCGCCCUUUUCGCAACACCCAGCCCCACCCCCCGCUCCUCAACUGUUCCCAGCGCCUCACCUAGCACCCCCGCCCCCAGCGCCUCAACCACCAGCACCAGCUCAGCCACCGCCUCGCGUGGUACCGGCGCCUCGCGUGGUGCUGGCGCCGCAAGCGGCUCCAGCGGCUCCAGAAUCUCCAGCGGCACCGGCGGCACCGGCGGAGCUGGCCAAGUACGAGGCCGCGCUGCUGGGGGAUGACUUCCCCGAGGUGGGGGAGGCGCCCUGGAAGUCCCUGCGCCGCAGGCCUCGGCGGGCUUGAGAGCCGAUGUUCCGCUUUUCCUCUGGCGUCCCGUUAAGCAGCCAAAAAGCCAUUAAACACCUCCCCAAUUUCAGGACGCUCCUCAGUUUCACCCCGUCCAACCCAAGGGAAGCCAUGGAUGGCCCAGUGGAAUAUGUCGCGGG